GAAUGCCACACCAAUCUAAACCAGGGAGCUCUAUGAACCUGGCUGGAAUCUCAUCAAUUGACAGUUAGUAGCUUUUAUUGAUUGAGGAGCCCCCUGACUGCCACAACACAAAACUUUGUCUGCUCCCUCAGACAAAGUCAAUCUUUUAAUCUCAGCCACCAUACCAGAAUAUCUCCUUCCAAAACUAGUUGCAACAAAGUCUUCAACUGAGGGUAAUAUUGAAAAGACCAAAAUAUUUAGUACAGAGCAGUUGGAGAGAGCUACUAACAAAUGCAACAGGAAUAGAAUGCUCAGUCAGGAAGGCCAGGACAUUGUUUAUAAAGGAAUGUUGGUUGAUAGAAGAAUUGUUGUAGUUAAGAAGUCCAAAGAAUUGGACAAAGAGAAAGUUAAAGAGUUCAUCAAUGAGGUGGUCAUUCUUACACAUUAAUCACAAAAACAUUGUUGAGUUAUUAGGCCGCUGUUUGGAGACUGAAGUUCCUCUGCUAGUUUAUGAAUUCAUCCCCGAUGGAACACUUUUCCAGUAUAUACAUGAUCAAAAUGAGGCCUUCCCAUUAACCUGGGAAAGAUGAGUAACAAUUACAGCAGAAGUUGCAGGUGAACCUUACUACUUGCACUCAGCAGCCUCCAUUGCCAUUUAUCAUAGAGAUGUUAAGUCCUCAAAUAUUCUAAUGGACGGAAAGUAUAAGGCAAAAGUUGCAGACUUUGGGGCAUCGAGAUCAAUUGCCACUGAUCAAACUAAUUUGACCACAUAUGUCAUGGGUACAUUUGGGUACCUAGACCCCGAAUAUUUCCAGUCAAGUCAAUUUACAGAAAAAAGUGAUGUUUACAGCUUUGGAGUCAUCCUUUUUGAGCUCUUAACUGGAGAAAAACCAAUUUCUUUAGCAGGAGCAGAGGAAGAGGAAACAAGAUGUUUGGCCUCUCAUUUCAUUCUUUCCAUGGAUGAGAAUAGUCUCUUUAAUAUUCUUGAUGCUCAAUUAAGGGAGACUUCUGCACACGAAGAGAUAACAAAGGUUGCUAAACUUGCAUAUUGAUGCUUGAGCUUGAGUGGUAGAAAGCGGCCAAAGAUGAUAGAAGUUGCUGCAGAGUUGGAACAGAUUCGUCUUUCACAAAAACUAUUCAAAUGGUCAACAAAAUCAUGAAGAGGUU